UCUUUCCAAUUAUUCUGACGAGAAACUACCAGAACAUUAUAGAAACUCAAUCCGAUCUUUGCGACGCGACGCGACGCCAGCGAUGGGAGCGUCCACUUCAUCGGAGCAGAAUGUUUCGGAGGAACAGAACGAGGCGGAAUCCGUCGCAGCCUCUACCGGAGCUUUUCCAAUGCUUGAGAAAGCUUUCUCCAAGCUCGCCAAUCCCGAAACAAACGUCGUUUCUUUGGAAAAUCUACAGCAACGCUUUAAUUUGGCUCGAGAAGGUCGAAGUUGUUCCGGAAGCAACGUGCCAGAUUCGUUAACGGUGAUGUUGGAUCACCUAGGCUCAACCCUAGUGAAUCAAUUUUUUGUGCCCGAUAAAGAAGGAAUAAACUGGGUUGAAUUUGUUAAGAGUUACAACAAGUGCUGUUCGAGGGUGUCCUCGUCGGUGUCGCUAAACAUGCUCUUGAGAGUAUUCGUGGCUGUCUCAGAAAGUGCGAAUGUACCUACUCAUUUGGAGUUUGAAUCGGGGGAUACUGAUUGUAAGAUUAACGGCCACCUUUUUCCUAGGGACGUGUUUUUGCUUCUUGCCCUGUGUUGGGCUCUGUCGUGGGGUUCCAGAAACUUGAAGGGGGAAGGGAAUCCAAGCCUACCGGAUCUGAGUCAUUUGGUGUUGUCAGUGAUCACAUCGUGUGGUCAAGUUGAGGGUGCUUUCGAUGUGUGGGAUUGUGAUAUCUCGAGCUUGGAGGUUCAGCUUCCUGCAGGGAAGUUCGUAACGUGGGUUAUGAGUACCGUCCCCUGCCUCCCCGAUUGCUUGAGACUGUAUUUUGAUGCUAGACUGCAAAUGGCAGCAAAUGAUGGGGUUGAAUUGGCAUCCCCUAAUUCCUCCUCUGCUGGAGAUAUUUCAUCAAUAGCUGCACAUCAUUAUCUUUUGACCCAAGGAAGGGCAUGGGCAAUUUCUAUCACCAACAAAAGUAGAGUAAGUGAAGAGAUUUCCGGCGCAUUUAUAAGCAAUGGAAGUGGAAUUGAUGAUAACCUUAUUUAUAGGUCAUCCACUCAUGGAAGAGGCCUUGGCCGAUUUUGGUCCCAUGUUGAAGGUUACAAAGGUCCUUUGUUAAUUUUGAUAUCUGCAAGUUCAGGAGAACCUCGUGAAGGAAAUUCUGUUGAUAGGAAAUGGGUUAUAGGUGCUCUAACACAUCAAGCUUUUGAAAGUAAAGAUAUCUUCUAUGGAAACUCUGGAUGGUUAUAUUCUAUUGGCCCAGUGUUUCACGUGUUUCCACCUAUUGGUAAGGAAAAGAAUUUUGUUUAUAGCCACUUGCGUCCUACUGGUAAAGUUUACCAACCGCACCCAAAGCCAGUUGGUCUUGCAUUUGGAGGAACUCCGGGAAAUGAAAGAAUAUUUAUAGAUCAAGAUUUUGCAAAAGUGACUGUUCGCCAUCAUUCUGUUGACAAAACUUACCGGAGUGCGUCCCUCUUUCCAGAUCAGGGUUUCCUACCCGUUGAGGGUAUAAUUUCAGAAAUUGAAGUUUGGGGAUUUGGAGGGAAAGAAGCGAGGGAAGUGCAGAACUCUUACAAAAAGAGAGAAGAACUUUUCACCGAGCAAAGAAGAAAAGUUGACUUGAAGACCUUUGCAAAUUGGGAGGAUUCACCUGAGAAAAUGAUGAUGGACAUGAUGUCGGAUCCAAAUGCUGUUCGAAGGGAAGACCGCUGAGUUGAAUCACUAAUGUUGCAUUGCAUUGCUUAGUGACAGGCACAAGCGUGUAAUGAAUUUCAUGCUUUAUGUUGUGACUGAUCAUUAUUCUUCAGACUUGUGAUCCUCAAGCGGUUGUACAGAACACAGAAAAGGUGAAUGUAUAUUAACAAAUAUAUGGGGUUUAUGUAUGUUUACUGUAUCGUUUUCAAAUGGGAUAGAGGUAUCGCAUUAAGAGUGUGAGAUAUCCCUCUUUUCAUCGUUCCACACCAUUAUGUUCGUUUACAUGUCAAACGAGAAACGUGGCUGAUAGUGUGACACCCAGAUUGCAGAAAUCGUCGAACAGCCUUGUCCGGUGUAUAUUGAUAAGUGGAAAUUUUAGGACCGUCAUUGGUAUCCAGCGACAUGAUAGCCUUUCGUUUAAACUUUAUUUUACCUUCUGAGUAAAAAAUUCCUAUCAGGUAAUAAUUGUGUAAUUUGAAAUCAACAAUUCAUCACACCAAA